AUGCGCGGAUCUGUUGCACUUCUUCUGCCUGUGGCAGUCUCUGCGUCCCCGAUUAUCGACAAGAAGGUUCUCAACGACUUGUUUUGCAAAGUCAACGACGUUGUACUUCAUGUUUUGGAGAAAGAUGCAGCUGCUACUAAGUACUGCUCUAGCUUCUUGUCUAUUCCUACCUUGACCUUCUCGACAACCGCCACAGUCACGCCCGCUAGUGUGACUACGACAACUCCGCUCACAAUCACCGAGGACACAGUCACUUCGACGCAGACAGAGACCGCCACUGUCACGGAUACUCAAACCAUCACAUCCACCAGCACGAGGACCGAUUAUGCUACGAUCACUUCGACGACUUCGACGUCUACUAUCACAUGCCUGAACAGCGCUUACACCUACACGGCGCCGACUGGCGUUAUACCAGGAGACGCUGCAGCCCCAGCUCCGGAAGGCAAGCGUGGAGCCGCGAAUUAUGCCAAACCAAGUGCGAUUCCCAAGGACUGGUCACAGCAGUACAUCUCCACUGCAUGCUCUUGUCUCUCCAUUCCCACACCUUCUACCACCAGCACUGCAACAGUGACUCUGAUUCCGGGAACUAUCACAGAGGCCAGCACUCUUUUCGAGACUCCUACUGCCACCGCAACAACGACAGUGACCUCAACCACCACCGAGUCCGCGACCGUCUCCGAAGAGGCCACAACGACGUCAACCCUCACCGCCUACGCAGUCGCCACGACAAUCGCCUCCAACGGCGUCCAAUACCGCAAAUACACGCACUCGUUCGACGCCAACCGCGUCGACGGCGGCGGCUUCACUUCAACCUACUUCAAGGGCCUCUCCGCUGAGUUCAGCGGCUCUAUUUCCUCGCUCUCCUUCGCAACUCCCAACUGGCCGUCCGGCAGCACCACGCUCACGCUGUCCGACGGCCGCGCGUUUGCGUCCGACUACGCCGCGCUGCUGCUCCAGGGCUUUUUCAUUGCGAAGGAGACUGGGACGCACGUCUUUACAUCGCGCGGGAACGAGGUCGAUAAUUACGGGUAUGCGUGGACCGGGGAUGCUGCGUAUUCCGCGUGGAACGAUGCGAAUGCCGCCAUCCGGUCUUCACGCACGGGCGGCGGCAACGUCGACGGCAAUGCGUACGUGAGUUUGAACGCGGGCGAUGCUAUUCCGCUCACGUUUCUGUGGGCGAAUGGGGGCGGCGUUGGGCAGAAUGUUGUGAGGGUUACGAUGCCGAGUGGGAGGGUGGUGACGAACCAUGCGGGAUACUUUGUGCAGGCUUGUAGCAGCUCGGUCUUCGCGUAG